ACAAAAUUCAAACUACAGGGUUUCAUGUGUUAAUAUUACCCAAACCAAAAUAAAACAGAUAUCUAUCGCGAAAAACGUCGUACAGUCGUAAACGAAAGAACCCAUAUUUGCAGAGGGAAAGAAGGCCGACAAGGAAAGCAAAAUAAAAUGGAGGAUUUGAAGAAGAGAAAGAUGGAAGAGAUGGGAAACAAUAGAGAGUUCUCCACUCAAGAAGAGCUACGAUCCUUGCUCGACCCUCUUGCUAAAUCCCAACUCGUCGAUCUUCUCUCUAGACUAGGGUCCCAAUAUCCUUCAGUUGCUGAAGAAAUUAAAAGUAUUGCCAGUUCAGAUCCUGUACACCGAAAGCUUUUUGUUCGUGGCUUAGCCUGGAAUACCACUUCAGAAACCUUGUGUGCUGCCUUUCGAAUGCAUGGAGAAAUAGAAGAAGGGGCUGUCAUCUAUGACAAAGCCACAGGAAAAUCUCGUGGCUACGGUUUCAUUACUUACAAACACAUGGAGUCAGCAGAUAGUGCACUUAGAGCACCCAGCAAACUUAUUGAUGGUCGUAUGGCUGUUUGUAAUCUAGCUUGUGAGGGGUUAAGUGGGGCGAGUACCACACCUGAUCUAGCUCAAAGGAAGCUUUACAUUGGGGGCCUAGCACCAAAUAUCACAAGUGAGAUGCUUCUGAAUUAUUUUGGAAGGCAUGGUGAGAUUGAGGAAGGCUCAGUUGCAUAUGACAAAGAUACAAAUGAAUCACGUGGGUUUGGUUUUGUUACAUACAAGACAGUGGAGGCUGCAAAGAAGGCCAUAGAUGAUCCACAAAAGAUCCUUGGGGGGAGAACUAUCAUUGUGAAGCUUGCUGAUACCCACAAGGGCAAACCUGUACAAACACAGUUACCUGCAACAGCUGUGGUUCCUCUUGCCCUGCCUAUGGCACCCGGCUAUCCACAGUCUGGGAAAGCAUAUCCCACUGCUGCCCCUGCUGGCUACACUUAUCCUCAAACUGUAGCAUCAUAUCCAGCACCUGCAUACUCUAGUCCUGCUGCAGCACCUGCACCAUACCCAACCCAACCACCAAUUCCAUAUGCACCAAUUGCUGCAAAAAAGGAUCCACAAGGAAUCCCACCAACAACACCCAUGGGAAUGGGUGGGUACCCAUAUUAUAUUGGCAAACAAUAAUAAAGUCCCAGGCAAUUCAUGGUGAUAUUCUAAGCUCCAUUUAUGUUGCUUUCUUAAUGUGACUAUUUGUUUUAUACAUACAAUAAUAAUAAUAAUUCUCCAACAUGUUUGGCUUUUGCGGUUCAAUGACAUGAUCGAUUGUAUCUUAAACCAACUUGGUGGGACUAGAUGUUGCACAUCAGAACAAGAUAGGAAGUUCUUACAUAGGAGAGCUUAAUGAUAGUAUGGUUGAUUGAGAGCCUACAGCACAUAUGCAUUGUAGAUGCAAUAAAUAUUAACACAUUUUUU